AAUGGAUUAACGUUUAAAACAAAGAGGAGAGAGAAAAACGGCUUCUUCUUCCCAAAACCUUGCUGCUGCUGCUGAGGAGGGCUAAAACAAAGGGUUCAUAAUAGUUUAACGAAGCGUUCUUGAAGUGGGAAUUUUGCGCCAUCGCCAAUUUCUUCCAAAAUCGUCCAAAAUCUUCCAAAAGGGUUGAAAUGGAUAGUGAUAAUGGAGAUUAUGAAGUAAUUGAGCAGAUUGGGAGGGGGGCGUUUGGAUCGGCCUUUCUUGUUUACCACAAGAUUGAGAAGAAGAAGUAUGUGCUCAAGAAAAUUCGCUUGGCGAAGCAAACGGAGAAGUUCAAGCGCACCGCCCACCAAGAGAUGAACUUGAUUGCAAAAUUAAAUAAUCCAUACAUUGUGGAGUACAAAGAUUCAUGGGUGGAUAAGGGUGAUUGUAUAUGCAUUGUAACGGGCUACUGCGAAGGCGGAGACAUGUCCGAUUUGAUAAAAAAGGCUAGAGGAACAUACUUUCCCGAGGACAAACUUUGCAAAUGGUUGGCACAGUUGUUGCUUGCUAUAGAUUAUCUGCACUCAAAUCGAGUGCUACAUCGAGAUCUUAAGUGUUCGAAUAUUUUUCUUACGAAGAACAAUGAUAUCCGGCUCGGGGACUUUGGGCUUGCAAAACUACUGAAUACAGAAGACCUUGCUUCAUCAGUUGUUGGCACUCCUAAUUAUAUGUGUCCUGAGCUCCUCGCUGAUAUACCGUAUGGCUACAAGUCUGAUAUAUGGUCACUUGGUUGCAGUAUGUUCGAAAUUUCUGCUCAUCAACCAGCAUUUCGGGCUCCGGACAUGGCUGGCCUUAUCAAUAAAAUUAACAGAUCCUCCAUUUCUCCUCUCCCAAUUGUCUACUCCUCUACAUUGAAACAAAUCAUCAAGAGCAUGCUAAGGAAGAAUCCCGAACACAGACCAACGGCUGCUGAACUGCUGAGGCAUCCACAUUUGCAACCAUAUGUCCUUCAGUGCCGCAACGCUUCGGCUAAUAUACUACCGAUAUAUCCCUUACCUAUAAACCCCAAGGAUAGAACACCGAGAAAAUCGCCUUCUAGCAAAUUGCAUAGUGAACACGAAACCCGAGCAAAACUGAGUGUAGCUUUCAACCUGCUGGAAAAUAUCGAUAUGGUGGGAGUAAGUUGUGACGUACAAACUAGCAACUCAUCAACCACGGAUGAAAAUAUGUUAUUGACAGCUAUUUCAGAAGACAUACUCGAGACGAAGAUGGUGGAUCCUACGUCCUUUCCUGAUGAAAUAUCGACAUCUGAUCGUGUUGAUAGUCAGGCUGAUGGGCUAAUGACGUCUGCAUCGGCGAUAUCCAUUUGCAAUGGCGAUAAACGGCAUGGAGGGGAAGAAUCUUCCAUCAAUACCUCAGAAAAUAGUGUGAAUUCUCUGGAGACAGAAUCUCAUUCGGAAAACUUUCAACCAUUAUCCGAGCUUGACGUCAAGACUGUGAACCUGGAUGACCCGAAAACAAGUUGCAGCGGACAGGCUUCGAGUGGAAAUGGAAUGAAGAAUGGAUCUAGUGAAGGGAACUUCAUGGAAUUAUCGAUGUCCUCUAGUGCUGAAAAAUCUGGAUCAUCUGAUGAUCAAUGCUUACUGAACUCAGUCGAUCCACUGGAUGUCGAACCAAGAAGCUUCAUAAACCAGGAAAGCGUUGAAGGACAUACAGAAGUUGCUCGUAGUGCUCGUAUUGACUGUUUGACAUCCGAGAAAGAAACUCCCAAAACAGAACACAUAUCAUCUGAGAAAGAAAGUGCACAAACCAAUGGUGUGCCAUUGGAGAAGGGAACAGACGAUAUUAGUUGUUCGCCACAGAUCAUCGUAAACAAAGACAUUCAUCUGCUCGAUAGUACCGAAUCAGAUUAUCCAAGCCAACGAAGAGCCGAUGCACUCGAGUCGCUACUCGAGCUAUGUGCACGGUUACUCAAACAAGACAAACUCGAAGAACUUGCUGGUGUGCUGAGUCCCUUUGGAGAAGACGCUGUAUCGUCAAGAGAAACAGCGAUCUGGUUGACAAAAAGUCUGGUAUCGUCGCAGAAAUCUAACGGGGGAUCAUAGUAUCCUUAACAUUUCCUAAAAUCUGUUCAUAAUUUACACAAUAAAUCUGUUCGUUCAUUCUGGGUGGUUUUGUUUGAUUAAGUAUUUGAGGAUAUGAGUAUAUCAACAUUGUUUGAUCUUUGAACAUAUCAUUUUCAUUUCAUUCAAA